CGAACGGCCGCAACGUAAAGACGUAACGCAAAAAAGGACAUUCGUUUUUAUUUUGUAAACUUUCAACUUUUCGUACGGAAAACGUAUUUUCUUUGUUUCGUGUACCAUGGAGUAUCUUUGGUAUCAGAGUGCUGCAAAAUGGAGUUUGAGGCAAGUCUUUACCAAGUCAAUCAUUCAGUUGGAAAGUUUAGCGGAAACUGAUGUAGGGCGAAGUAAAAAAGCCGGUUUGUAUCUCGAAUCGACGUAUCUACCUCCUCAACAUGCAGUUUUUGUAGUGGACGUUAAUGGAAACUUAAUGCUCAGAGAUCUAGUCACUGCUUUGGGAACUUUCGUCCAUGGAAUAGCUUUGCCAUCAGGCGGAAACCAAGUACUGGCUCAUCAGGCUCAUGGUGAUAUUGUGAGUUUUGGAUUGGCACACUGGAGGGAAGCUACCCCCACAUUCUUGAAGAUGUGCUUCUUUGAAGUGAUUGCAUCAUUAUAGAGAAUCGAAUUAAAGCAAGAAUUGAAGCAAGAUGAAGCUUUCGAAUAGUAUAGAUAUAUUUUGGUAAUUUCUUAACCUUCAUUAAUUCUGCACACACUUAUAAAUUUUUGAUUCAAUGUUUUACACGCAAAAUUAUGUUUGAUUUUUUUUUGUAUUUUGUAAUAUUGCAAUUAAAUUUUGAUAUGGAA